AUGUUGAAGAGAGAGAACAAUGACUGGUGGCACCGAGCAGUCGUAUAUCAGAUCUAUCCGCGUUCAUUUUUCGAUUCGAAUGGCGAUGGUAUCGGUGAUAUCAAUGGAAUUACGAUGAAAUUGGAUUAUAUUCAACAAUUAGGAGUAGAUAUGAUUUGGUUAAGUCCUAUUUAUGAUUCACCUAAUUAUGAUAAUGGUUAUGAUAUUCGUGACUAUUUGAAAAUCAUGCCUGAAUUUGGAACGAUGGAAGAUUUUGACUUGAUGCUCAAAGAAAUGAAAAAGCGUCAAUUGAAGUUAGUUUUGGAUCUUGCAGUUAAUCACACCAGUGAUGAACAUCCGUGGUUCAUUGAAUCGAAGAAGAGUAAAGAUAAUCCCUAUCGAAAUUUUUAUCACUGGGCCCCGGGAAAAGAUGGUAAAAGUCCAAAUCAAUGGGGUGCGUGUUUCGGUGGACCGGCUUGGACUUACGAUAUUAUCACCGGUGAAUAUUAUUUGCAUACAUUUACACCAAAGCAACCGGAUCUAAAUUGGGAAAAUCCGAAUGUGCGAGAAGAGAUUUACAAAAUAAUGCAUUGGUGGCUGAAUAAAGGUAUUGAUGGUUUUCGUUUGAAUGUUAUUAAUUUUCUCUCGAAAACACCUGGAUAUCCUGAGGGAAAGCCAAGAGCAGAAGGUCAAUAUACUGACGGUUCCCCUUAUUUCAAAAACGGUCCGAGAAUUCAUGAUUACUUGGAAGAAAUGCAUGAAAAAGUGUUUCAACAUUAUCAGAUCAUCAUAGUUGGUGAAUGUCCGGGUACGCACUUGAAAGACGCAGAGUUAUUCAGUUCACCAAAACGCAAGGAAUUGAGUAUGAUUUUCACAUUCGAACACAUGGAUUUAGAUGGUGGUAAAUGGACACCAAAACUGCUCGAUUUGCGUUGUUUAAAAUUUCACUUUACAUCCUGGCAGAAAGGUUUAUAUGGCAAAGGAUGGAAUAGCUUAUAUUGGAAUAAUCAUGAUCAACCGAGAAUCGUGUCUCGAUGGGGAAAUGACACGGCGCCUUAUCGAGAUUUGUCGGCGAAGAUGUUCGCUACUUGUUUACAUUUCCUUUGUGGUACACCGUAUAUUUAUCAAGGAGAAGAAAUUGGUAAAAAUAGCUUGUUUUUUUUUCAUCUUUUGAAACACUAUAGCAACGCUUCAUAUGCUUUACAUUCUUAUACAACUACGAAUUUCUACCUAUCAAGUAUGACAAAUGUUCGUUUCACAUCCUUAGCCGAUUACCGUGAUAUCGAAACAACCAAUUUUCAUAGUGAUGCAUCACAAUCGGGUUUAACCCUCGAGCAAAUCAUGGCUGCUAUUUAUGCUAAAUCACGUGACAAUGCACGUACGCCAAUGCAAUGGUCUGCUCAAUUGCCUCAUGCUGGUUUCACUAAUGGCGUUGAAGAUGUCACCCCAUGGAUCAGCAUCAAUCCGAACUACACAGAUAUUAACGUUGAACAAGCUCUACACGAUCGUCAAUCCAUAUUCUAUUAUUAUAAAAAAUUAAUCGAACUCCGUCGAACGAUACCGUUAAUCAUUGAUGGGAAAUACGAGAUUUUACAUGAAGAAAAUACUCAUAUUUUCAUGUAUAAACGAUAUAAUGAUAACGGACAAGAAAUCAUUGUUGCGUGUAAUUUCAGUCAACAGCCAAUAAUCAUCGAUGAUCCGAAACUCAAUGAACACAUUGCAAAACGUCGAAGGAUAUUAAUAAGUAAUUACGAAGAACAUCUAAAAUCGGAUUGGUUAGACUUUCGUCCUUACGAAGCAUGGGCAGUUGAAGUUGAAAUCUAG